AUGCCUGCACUCCCGAGACCCGAAACCGACUACGAGCGCUGGAUGCGCGACCGUAAGCCAGAUAUCCAAAUUAGCGAAAAGCCGCAGUACGGUUCAGACCCCGUUGUCGAAUAUCCUUCCUCCAUGAAGCAUGUCUCAGAUCCGCAGCUACUGCUGGACGACCAGCGCAGUCCACCACACACACCCAAUGAACAUCGUCCUACCGGGAAAUCUGAAUUGUUGACCGACUAUCCCCGGGCUGAAGAGGUGAUAGUUGAUCUUAUCACAGCACUCGUGAUCCUAGGGAUUCUUUUCUUUACAGUCUGGGUCGUGAAAGCGAGGAGAAGACCUGUUCCGAGACUAGUAGGGCGGGUGUCGAUUCGGGAGAAGAGGAAUGUUUAA